AUGUCCGCAGCUGCUGCUGGCUCCUCACCCAAGAUUGCGAAGGCUUUCAAGCCAAAAGCAGCCAAGAAGGCUCCGUCUCAUCCAACCUACUACUCCAUGAUUCUCAAAGCGUUGUCCGAGGUGAAGGAGAAAUCUGGAUCAUCGAAGGCUGCUAUCCUGAGGCUCGUGUUGUCGCACUACAAGCUCGGUGACAAUGUUACUAAGCUCCGCAUUGCGCCUAAGAAGGCUGUCGUAAAAGGUGAACUGAAACAGAUUAAAGGAAACACGGUAUCUAGAAGCUUUAGGCUUGGUGAGAAGUCUGCGCCCGCACAUGUUAGCAAGAAACCAGCAGCCAAAAAGCACAAGUCUUCCAAAGCUGCGACGAGGAAGCCUGAAACGGAAAAAAAGGCCAAGAGCCCAAAGAAGACUAAAGUUACCAAAGCUAAAACUGCUAAGAAGCCCGUCAACAAAGCUGCCAAGCCGAAAACUAAGAAGUCAUAA